CACAGAACGUCGAAACAACGGUUGAAAGCCAUACCGCUCGCCAUGGCCGAAGCACGCUACAGAGAGUACCUCGUGGACCGCGUUCUCGCAGAGGGCCAGCCGAUCACGUACCGGCUGCUCAGUCGAGCGCUCCAGGUGCACGUUAACAUCGCAAAGCAGAUGCUGUACGAUUUCCACGCCGAACAGACGAAGAAACAACCAAAGUCCGUCCAUGCAACAUAUCUUCUUACCGGCAAAGAACGAUCGUCCGAGCACAGUAAUGGCGACAUUGCACAUAAUGGAGACGACACUGCUAUGCGCAGCUCGCCCUUCAUGAGCUCGCUGCCUGAGCCAGAGAACACGCCAGAGAGCCCGGUGCCCACCACUUCCGUCGUGUUAGUGAGGGAGGAGGAACUGGAGAAAACAAAGAGUGGGUUCGAGGAAAUUACUUCGAUCCAUAUAUACAGUUUGGAGCCGGGACCGAUAGAGAACCUGAACCUACUGGCUGUCUGCAAUCAGGAGAUAGCCAGAAGCCACGCAAGCGGUGACCCCUUGGAACGUUGGAGAGACUAUGGCUCUAUUCAGAACCCUUAUAUCAAGCGGAGAACUACUAAAUACGCCCCUGCCAUGGCUAAGCCCACGACUAAAGCUACCGUCAAAGCCACAGCUGCCGUCAGUGCACCGAAUGAGGGCUCGAAACAAGGACCAGCCGUCGCAGCUCGUAAAGAAAGUACGCCAGAAGAGUCUAAGUCAGGUCGAUCAACACCCCAGCCCGGCCCUACUGCGUCUUUGAAGAGAUCGGACUCGAAGACCAUGACUAAAAAGGACGCAUCCGUCGGGAAUUUGUUCAAGUCCUUCGCAAAGGCCAAGCCCAAAGCAAAGGAGGCAGAGAAACCAAUUGAAGAAGAUGCUAUGCAAGGCAUGUCUGAAGACGAAGGAGACGCAGACGACGAGCCUGCCGUCAAAUUCGAUGAGGAGAAGGCCGCUGCAGCACGCAAAGCGCGAGAAGAACGAGAACAAAAACUCCAAGAGAUGAUGGAAGCUGACGGUACAUCUGUCCUCGACAUGCCCGAUGCACCAACAGAAGAAACUGACUCUCAAGAUGCCCCAAUAGACAAGGAAACCCCCAACCAGCCGGCUGAGUCUGAGGCCACUGUCACUGUUCAAGGUGGUCGAAGACGCGGCAAGCGACGGGUUAUGAAGAAGAAAAAGGUCAAAGACGAAGACGGCUAUCUCGUUACGAAAGAGGAAGCCGUGUGGGAAUCAUUCUCAGAGGACGAACCAGAGCCCAAGAAGGCGAAACCUACACCCAAGCCUACAGUAGCAAAAGGCAAGAAGAAUGGCGGUAAAGGUCAAGGGAGUAUCGCGAGCUUCUUCAAGAAAGCCUGAAACGACUCCACCGAGUGAGCGUUGUCCACCGCUGGAAAACCUCGUACAUCUGCCGCUUGAUCCUCAACGUUCGCAGAUCAUGCGGGAGGCACAUAUCAUAGCUAUUGCACAAAGCCAAUGCACCCUGGUCUUUCUGCAGCGCUGGCGCGUAAAUGUGCUUCGUACUGCUGGGCUUCAGCCACUCACAACAGUACACAUAGCCGAACU